CCAAUAAAAAAAAUUUUGAGUUAUUUAAGAAUUCGCAAGUCUUCAUUUUACUUCUCAUACCUUUCAAGGACCCGGGACAUUUGGAUGAGUGGAGAUUACUCUUCGCUGUCCUUUGUUUCGUGGGCUUCUAACGUGACCAAGUGUUCCAAUCAUGUAUUUAAUGGCGUUCUUAGUCGUAGCUGGACUAAUUUGUCAAUGCAACACGACGCUCUUACCGUGCUAACCGGAAUAACCAGUUUGAUUCAUGAGAAAGGAGGCAAAGAGUCCAGUGCAGAUAGGUUAACUACUGUUUAUUCACUCUUUAUAGCUCAGAGUCGUGAUGCUUGGUCAACCGAGUCCGUUCGCCAAGUUUACCGCUACAUCCUCGGCUUCGUGGACAACGAUAAACCGGCAGUGAGAAAGGCCAGUCACACUGCUGUUUCAGACAUCUUGGUUGGCAAUGUUGAAGCUGACGACGAAGAUCAUCUCUGCUCUGCUCUACGUCGUGAAGCUAGGUGGGUUUGCUUGUAA